AUGUACCGUUUACACGUUGUGGGGCAACGGGAAAAGGAGGACCUGAGGAACGAGGCUGUCGUUUCAAGUUACGUGAUGAGAGCAUCUGCGGGGAGAUCGAUGGGCAGGAACGCUGUUUCCUCGAGUUAUGUCAUCUCGAGUUCUGGAGCCGAGCUGCUGCCCUGGACUGGUGCGCCGAGGUCCGCAGCUGCCGUUCCGCCGGGCGAUGGGGAAUCCUCCCCGGAGAAGACCGGAGACGCAAGUUUUCUGCAAAUGGGCACAGCUGUAGAUGCAGGAUUGAUGCCAUCUGGUGAAAUUCCACAGAAUAAGAGAUAAAAUUUACCCAGAGUGUGCCAUGUACUGGCUUUUCUGGGAAUGACAUGGUGCCAGGAUUUGUUUUUGGUUCACUUGCAGGGGUGGAAACUUGGAACUAGGUUCCAAGAUGGUUGCUGCAGCUCCCCGAGAGAGGAUGGAGGAAGCCCAGAGGGAAAACAGGGUGUGCCAGUGUGAAUCUGCUCUUUAAAGAGCUUUCUCAGCAGCCCAACAACUUCUGCUUACAUCUCAUUGGCCAGACUGUGUCAUUGGCUACUGCUAUGAAAUGUAGUUUUUGUAGCUGGACAUAUAACUGCCUUCAACAAAAAUCUGAGUUCUCUUGAUAAGGAAGAAGAUGAUGGCGGAUCUUGGGCGAACAACUAGCAGUCUGUGCCCUGGCUACAAAAUACAGUUGUAGAGAAGCAUAAUGUUUGAAACAGAUCAAAACUGUAGCUCCUUCACGUCUGGCAACACUCCAAACAUCCCUACUCUGCUCUGAGACAGUGAGCAGAGUGAAGACAUGCUGGGUUUUCUCAUGAAACACUUGCCAGGACUGACCUCCUCUCUCAGCCAAUAUAUUUGCCCCACAUCAGGAUUUUCUAGAGGAGGACCCUGGAAACCUGCACGCUUUCUCAGUGGACAUAAUCUCUUUAUGGAGGUUUGGAAUGGGAUAAAGAAUGUUCUACCUUGCUGCUUCUCCAUCUGUUUCAUUUAUCUCUUCUCUAAUUUUCCUGACAGAUUUUUGGUGGAAUCUAGUGUAUGUAUUUGAUCCCUAUAAAAGGAUCAUCCUUUUCAUGCAGAGGGGAGGGUAAUCUAUGAAAAGAAAAGCUACUUGACUCCCUUCUCUGACUCUACCACCAAUCUAGGAAUAUCCUGGGAGAAGAAUUGCUUCUCAAAGCUGCUUCCAUCAGCAGCCUACAUCCUGGCUCAGCAAAGGGAGAAGAAAUGCUUCCCACAUCCACGGCUGUCCAAAAGAACUUUCUGUGAUGACAGAAAUGUUCUAUAUCUGCACUGUCUAAGACAGUAGCCGCUAGCAACAUGCAGCUAGUGAAUGCUUGAGAUGUGGGUAGUGUGACCGAGGAAGUAAAUUUUACUUUUUUUUAGUUUUAAGUAAUUUAAAUGUAAGUAGCCAUAUGUGGCUAGUGGCUAUUGUACUGUAGAGCACAGUACACAUUUUUCUCUUUCUUGUGUUUUAGAACAAGCUGGGGAAGGUUUGAACCAGUCAUGUGCUUGGUCUUCCAUGAUCUUCACUAUUCCACCUUGCCAUUGAACUUGUCUCCCAGAGGAAAAAGAAAAAUGAUGUUUUGGAACUAAAUUCAAGAUAUUAACUUGACAUCUACACAUUGCACGUGUUCCUGUAUAAACAGAAUGGUCUCCUGGGAAUAGGUCCUGUGAUUGAUUUAGUGAUGGUUGGUAAUGGCAAAAUGG